AUGAUCACUAGUACUCAUGACUAUCAGGUGGAACAGAGAUCUUGUUCAUUGGCGGGUCUCCUGACCUCUCCUCAUUUUCCUACGUUCUAUUCUUCCGGCGUCUCGGUGGGAUCAGAGAUCUAUUUCCCUGAUCACGGAUGGCCUUUUCCCUCCAAGAAGGUUAGGGUCCUUGAUACUCGAUCUGGUACUAUACGGAUGGGUCCAAGCAUGAAAGUGGCUAGGUGGGCCCAUAAAGAAUCAAUGGGAGUGGUCGACGGGAAGAUAUACGUGAUUGGAGGAACUUAUGGGAAGAACCAAGUGGAAGUGUUUGAUCCAGAAACUCAAACCUGGGAGUUCGCAGGUGAGGAGAAAGUGCAAUGCAAUUCGCGGUUUAGUGGGUCGCUGGAGGACAAAGUUUACAUGGUGGACUUGGAACAUGGGAGAAUCAGUGCGUAUAGUUAG